CGGGGCGGGAGGCGGGGCCGGAUUCGAGCGUUCGAACAGUUCAAAAAAAACGGCGGCAGCAACAACCCGAGGAGUAACGGCCGCUCCGGACAGCAACAGAGGGAAGGAAAGGUGCUGACGGCUUGGAAUUUUAACUGUUCAUCAUGGCUAUUGAUAAUGAAGAGCUGCUUAAACAUUAUGAGCUGCAUGAAACCAUCGGUGCAGGUGGAUUUGCCAAAGUAAAACUGGCGCACCAUAUUCUAACACGUGAAAAAGUUGCUGUAAAGAUCAUGGAUAAAGAAUCACUUGGGGCCGACUUACCACGUGUUCAAACUGAAAUUGAAGCAAUGAAGAAUCUGAGUCACCAGCACGUUUGCCGUUUGUACCAUGUUAUAGAAACAUCGCAAAAGAUCUUCAUGAUCCUAGAGUACUGCCCUGGUGGGGAAUUGUUUGAUUACAUUAUUGCUAAAGACAGGCUAUCGGAAGAAGAAACUCGGACAUUCUUUCGUCAGAUUGUAUCUGCUGUGGCUUAUGUGCACAGCCAAGGCUAUGCUCAUCGUGACCUGAAACCGGAAAAUCUGCUAAUAGAUGAAGAUCAUAAUUUGAAGCUGAUUGAUUUUGGCUUGUGUGCCAAACCAAAGGGUGGUUUAGAUUACCAGUUAAUGACAUGCUGUGGUAGCCCUGCUUAUGCAGCCCCUGAACUCAUUCAGGGGAAGGCUUAUAUUGGAUCUGAGGCAGAUAUUUGGAGUAUGGGGGUGCUCUUGUACGCACUCUUGUGUGGCUUUCUCCCGUUUGAUGAUGAUAAUAUUGUGACUCUGUAUAGGAAAAUAAUAAAAGGAAAAUAUAGCAUACCUAAAUGGCUUUCUCCUGGUAGUGAACUGAUUUUGAAACAAAUGUUGCAGGUGGAUCCAAGUAGGCGUGUUUCAGUAAAACAACUUCUGAAUCACCCUUGGCUUAUGCAAGGUUACUCUAGCCCAGUUGAAUGGCACACCAGAUACCCAAUUGGCCAUCUUGAUGAGAACUGUGUUACAGAACUAUCUGUGUUCUUCAGGCGCUCUAAAAAGAACAUGGCCAGUUUGGUGGCAGAGUGGAAAUAUGAUCGAAUAACAGCAGCAUACUUACUGCUCUUUCAUAAGAAGAUCCACGGCAAACCCAUUCGACUGUUUUCUUGCUCUGAAAAGCAAGAUGUGCCCACAACUCCUCUUGGAGAACUGAAGUUUAAAGGGAAUUUGAAUUUUGAGGAUGACAUCUCUUAUGUAUGUGGCUCCAUGGAAUUUAUGGAUUCUCCUCUUGCUGUGGCACCCCAUCUCACAGAGCGAGUAAGAUGUAAAACACAAAAAGAUUGUGGAGGAGGUGAGCUCUGGUCAUCAGGUAAACAAAAAGUUGCUUCAAAUAAGUCUGGAAAUGAAAACAAAGAAAAUAUAAACCAAGUUAAAACAAAUGUGAAAAGCGAAGUUCACUUUCUACAACCUCAAGUCAAAACACCAGUCGCUAAGAAAAAUUAUGAAAAGAGGACUCUGGUUACUCCAAAACAAGAUACCGAGGCUGCUACUAAAGCCAUGAUCAGCUGCACUAUGGAAAUGCCUAUAAACCAAGGUUUACGCGUGCUUAACUCGGAAGACCUGACAGUCACAGCACUUAGUCCAGAAAGACGAACCCGUUCACUGGACAUGGACCUAAAUCAAGCUAAUGGGGGCAGUAGUCAGAAAAAGAAAGGAACAAAAAUGUUUGGAAGCUUGGAACGAGGCCUGGACAAAAUGAUCACAAUGUUAACUCCAAACAAACUGAAAAAGCCUUGGAAAGAGGGUCCAAGAAAAAUCAAGGCACAAUAUAAUGUAACUACAACCACCAUGCUGAAUGCAGAUGAAGUUCUCAAUGAGAUAAUUGGUGUCUUGUCAAGUAAAAGGAUUGACUUUGUGCAAAAAGGUUAUACGUUAAAAUGCCAAACUAGAUCAGACUUCGGAAAGGUAACUAUGCAAUUUGAGCUUGAGAUGUGUCAACUCAGCAAGCCUGAAGUGAUUGGCAUCAGAAGACAGCGACUGAAGGGUGAUGCCUGGGUGUACAAGCGCUUAGUUGAAGAUAUUUUAUCCAGUUCCAGCAUCUAAUCAGUGAAACUGAAUCUGGUCCAAAAUUAUUCUUGAAAAUUCUUCAAUAGCUGUAAAAUGAAUGCUUCCUGAUCCAGUCACCUUAUAUUCCCUUAUUCCUAUUUAAAUAUUUUUAUUAAUCUUACCUUUUCAUACAAUAGCGUUUUUCCAAAAAAAUCAUACUUGUGUUUUAUCACAGUUGGUACUAUUAACUAAUUGGAUCCAUAAGAUAAGAAUACAUUGAUUACAUCUUAUUUGUUUUCGAUUGCCAGAAUAUGUCGAUGUCUUACAGGAAUGAGUGGUUAUGGAGAAAAUCCUUUUCUGCUGAUUCCUUAAAGGACAGACUGCUAAUUAGACUUUUAAAAUAGUUUUUGUAGAAGCUGUUGGGCUAAGGGGCUCCUUUGACUAGACCACAUGGUAGGAAUGGGGUGUUGAGCGCAUUGGGCUGAAGACUGGAGCACUUCUCAAUGUUGCCAGCUUCAUUAGACUUCAGAAAUCACAAUAGAAUGGCAUGUCCUUGAUUGAGAUAGCCAUAAGUCAGUAUAUUUUAAGUUUUUUUUAUAUAGGAGACCUAAAAUCUAAUGAAGGAUACAACAAGAUGUUUUACAUAGAAUAUCUAAAGCCAUCAUACAGCUUUGUAUUGCACUUGCACUGUUCCUUUAAAUUGUAAAAUGCAUUGUAAAAAAAACUCAAUUGCUG